GCCGCGCCCCAUUGGGCGGUGGGGCGUGGCCGGCGCCUCCAGAGCUUUUGUUCGCCGGGGCGGCGGCGGCAUCGGCAGGGCCAUGUCCUACGUGCCCGGGCAGCCGGUCACCGCCGUCGUGCAAAGGAUCGAGAUCCACAAGCUGCGUCAAGGUGAGAACCUGAUCCUGGGCUUCAGCAUCGGCGGCGGCAUCGACCAGGACCCCGCGCAGAACCCCUUCUCCGAGGACAAAACCGACAAGGGCAUUUAUGUGACGCGGGUGACGGAGGGAGGCCCGGCCGAAGUGGCGGGACUGCAGAUCGGGGACAAGAUCAUGCAGGUGAACGGCUGGGACAUGACCAUGGUGACUCACGACCAAGCGAGGAAGCGGCUGACCAAGAGGAACGAAGAAGUGGUGCGGCUGCUGGUGACCCGGCAGUCGCUGCAGAAGGCCGUGCAGCAGUCCAUGAUGUCCUAACGGCUCGCCAGGUCGGGGGAGGGGAGGGGCGGCAAGCAGGGUGGGGACGGGAACCAGACUGACUCUCCCCAACGCGGGGAAGCGAGCGCUGGCGUCCAGCCGGCGGUUAGGAAACACUACUUCUCCCAGCACGGCUUUCCCCCUGCCCAGAACUGGCGACAACAAACUCCUGGCCGCUAGGGCAGGUUCUCUUUCGGGAAGUCUUCCGUGAGGGUGCAGCACGUAGGACAGCCUGACCCUGCUGCACGCCGAAAGCCAUAACGCUACGGGAAGGGGGGUCGUGGGGGGGGAUGUUAGCCAUACUGCAAGGAGGGGACACAAGCUGCUUAGGGAAGGAACUGGAGAAAUGCUUCUUGGUGCUUACCCUGAACUGACAGGCGAGUCUGUUCCUGCGUGGGAGAUCACGGGUUCAGCAGCGCAGGCUCGCUCUCAUUCACUCCACAGGGGCGUGAGGGGGGGGGGGAAGUGCGUGUUUGCUACUAAGGCUUUUCACAGACCCCUCAAGACUGGCGCUGAGCGGCAGUUCCUUCUCCGCUAGGUGGGGCUCCAGUGAAGAUGCCACGGCUAAGUUGGAGGGUGUAGGAAGUCCAUAGUGCGGCAAGGAAGGGCUCCGCUGCUUUUCCUGCGUUGUGUGCUAGCUCACCGGCUAGGACACAGUGCGGGACGUGCAACACCAUAGUCUCCUGCGGGAAUGUGGCAUUGCCUGUAGCCCCCGUGUCCAGCACGAGGGACACAAGUGUCCACCGAAUGAUGCAGAAACCAUCUGCAGUGCAUGAAUUGUCCAAGAGCCUCAGGCUUGAAGGAAAGAUUUCUCUUAGCCACUGAGAAAUAGUGCGAGCUUUUCAAGUGCCGUAACUGUUGCGCAGGCAGGCUCACAUCCCAAGGGACAGGAUUCCUCAAACAGCCUGAACUUAACAAGACCACUCGUACUUGCAGAGCUCCACUUGCUUGCUUCGCUUCUAGCAGAGAAGCUUUCGAGUAGAGCGUGCGUUUACUCAGCCUUGCAGGGGGACGCUCUUCCUUUACCUACCAUGGCUGACCUGGGGGCUGGAAGGAGCCCGCUGUGCGAGUUCACUGGCACAAACACAUGCCAAAAUUCUGGCCCCUGCAGCCAUACUGAAUUACAAGCGUAAGGUUCUUGGUGCACAGGUUGCUUCAGUACUUCACUGAAUUGAACACGAGCUAGCUUUAAUUACAGCUAUCCAAAAACUACGUCUGGUAUUUGAUCUCUCGACUGACUCGCAUACUGUGUGGUUAUGCUCUUCUCCGCAGGCGUCAGGUUAUUGUACAUAGACACUGAGGAGGUGUUAGACUAACUUAUUUCAGCACGUGACUGCAGUGCCAUGUUGGGGUUGACUAAUGACGUUUUAAUCUUGAUUAACGCAUCUCCAAGAAUAUUCUCUCUACGCACCAGCAGCUGUCUCUCUGCCUUGUUUGUUAAUACUUUAUACUGUAUAAUUCCAAUAUUCCUGACUUUUUGUACCUUCAAUGACAAGUUGUGGUAAAGCUGUUAUUUUUGUUACUGUAGCGGUGUACACACUGCUGUUUGUACUGCUGGUUCACUUGAUUUUACACACAAUAAAACAAACUGGAUUUCUUAAA